AUGCCUCCUAGGAACAAUGUCCAUUUUUACGCCAAUGACAAUUACAGGAGCUGCAACCACAACCACAGAAGCUCCAACAACAACAGCUUCAACUAUCACUGCAGCACCAACAACAACUAUAACAGCAGCUCCAACAACAACAUCUGCUCCCACAACUACCACCACAGCUACAACUACCACAGUAGUACCCACAACAACAUCUGCUCCAACAACUACCACAGCAGCUCCAACAACAACAUCUCCUUCCACAACUACCACCACAGCUACAACUACCACAGUAGGGCCCACAACAACAUCUGCUCCAACAACUGCCACAGCAGCUCCAACAACAACAUCCGCUCCCACAACUACCGCCACAGCUACAACUACCACAGUAGUACCAACAACAACGUCUGCUCCACAACUACCACCACAGCUACAACUACCACAGUAGUACCCACAAAACAUCUGCUCCAACAACUACCACAGCAGCUCCAACAACAACAUCUCCUUCCACAACUACCACCACAGCUACAACUACCACACAGCUCCAACAACAAAAUCCGCUCCCACAACUACCGUCACAGCUACAACUACCACAGCAGCUCCAACAACAACAUCCGCUCCCACAACUACCGCCACAGCUACAACUACCACAGUAGUGCCACAACAACAUCUGCUCCAACAACUGCCACAGCAGCUCCAACAACAACAUCCGCUCCCACAACUACCGCCACAGCUACAACUACCACAGUAGUACCAACAACAACUAGUGCCCACAACAACAUCUGCUCCAACAACUACCACAGCAGCUCCAACAACAACAUCCGCUCCCACAACUACCGCCACAGCUACAACUACCACAGUAGUACCAACAACAACAUCUGCUCCCACAACUACCACAGCAGCUCCAACAACAACAUCCGCUUCCACAACUACCGCCACAGCUACAACUACCACAGUAGUGCCCACAACAACAUCUGCUCCAACAACUACCACAGCAGCUCCAACAACAACAUCCGCUCCCACAACUACCGCCACAGCUACAACUACCACAGUAGUACCAACAACAACAUCUGCUCCCACAACUACCACCACAGCUACAACUACUAUAGUAGUACCCACAACAACAUCUGCUCCAACAACUACCACAGCAGUUCCAACAAAUACCACAGCACCUCCAACAACCGCUCUAAGCAAGGAUCAGUCAUCAACACCAUAGAACUUAAGUUUGUAAACUCAUCUGCUCCAAAUUACACUGAAAUUAGAAAUGUUUUGAUCAGUACAGCAUCAAACGUGACAGGCUUUGACAUCGAAAGGGCCUCCAUCACUUUCCUUGAACCAUAUGUACCUGAACUCACAGACCCCACCAGCAGUGUAUAUCAAGAUCGCAAAAUACGAGUUGAAGAGACGUCAUUACGGCACAAACAACAACUGAAGGUUCAACUAGAACUACAGAAACAACAGCAUCGACAACUACUGAAGGUACAACUGAAUCUGCAGAAACAACAGCAACUACAGCAUCAACAAAACCUGAAGUUUCAACUGCAACUACAGAAACAACAGCAACUACAGCAUCAACAACAGCUGAAGGUUCAACUGCAACUACAGAAACAACAGCAACUGAAGGUACAUCAGCAACCACAGCAUCAACAACAACUGAAGGUACAACUCCAACUACAGUAUCUGAAGAAACUACAGAAUCAACAACAACUGAAGGUACAACAGUCAUUACGGCACAAACAACAACUGAAGGUUCAACUGCAAUUACAGAAACAACAAACUACAGAAAAAACAAAACAAAAGCAACAACAGUUUCUGAAGCAACUACAGCUUCAACAACUACUGAAGGUACAACUACAGCUACAGAUUCAACAACAACUGUAGGAUCAACUUCAACUACGGAAACAACACUAUCACCACAACUGACACAGUAACAGGAACAAAGUCAACAACAAUAGCAACAAAAACAACAACAACAAAUACAACGACAACAGCAGCAACAACAAUAAAGCCAACAACGACAGCAGCAACAACAACACAGCCAAAAAACACAGCAACAACAACAACAACACAGCCAACAACAACAACAAUAACAAAGCCAACAACAACAGCAGCAACAACAACAAAGCCAACAACAACAGCAACAACAACAGCAAUAACAACAACAACAACAACAAAGCCAACAACGACAGCAGCAACAACAACUACACAGCCAACAACAACAGCAACAACAACAGCACAGCCAACAACAACAGCAACAAACACAACAAAGCCAACAACAGCAGCAACAACAACAAAGCCAACUACAACAGCAGCAACAACAACACAGCCAACAACAACAGCAGCAACAACAACAAAGCCAACGACAACGGCGGAAUCAACAACAAAGCCAACAACAAAGGCGACAACAACAACAAAGCCAACAACAACAGCAGCAACAACAACAACAAAGCCAACAACAACAACAGCAGCAACAACAACACAGCCAACAACAACAGCAACAACAACAACAAAGCCAACAACAACAGCAGCAACAACAACAACAAAGCCAACAACAACAGCAGCAACAACAACACAGCCAACAACAACAGCAGCAACAACAACACAGCCAACAACAACAGCAACAACAACAAUAACAAAGCCAACAACAACAGCAGCAACAACAACAACAACACAGCCAACAACAAAGCCAACAACAACAGCAGCAACAACAACAACAACAAGAACAGCAUUAACAACAACAAAGCCAACAACAACAGCAACAACAACAACACAGCCAACAACAACACCAACAACAAAGCCAACAACAACAGCAGCAACAACAACAGCAGCAACAACAACAACAGCAACAACAACAACAAAGCCAACAACAACAGCAGCAACAACAACAGCAACAACAACAACAAAGCCAACAACAACAGCGGCAACAACAACAAAGCCAACAACAACAAUAACAACAACAACAACAACAACAAAGCCAACAACAACAGCAGCAACAACAACAACAACAACAAGAGCAGCAUUAACAACAACAAAGCCAACAACAACACCAACAACAACAACAACAACAAAGCCAACAACAACAGCAGCAACAACAGCAGUGCCGGUAGUUCGUGCACCAGUUGUUGUUCUUACAGCAGUUUUGGUUACACCCUAUGUGCCUCAACUCGAAGAUAAAACCAGUCCACAAUUUCAGGCACUUGCAGUGCAAGUGGUUGUAGUGUAUGAAAUCAUCUAUAGAGCUCGAUAUGGUUUACUCUUCAGCCAUGUUAUUGUCAUAGCAUUCAGACAAGCUGGGACCAGAACACGAGCAUCUGAUACUGAAGCAGAAGUCGAGGUUGUGUUUAACAACACCAUAACACCUGCAGAAAUC